AUGCAUCUGUCUAGAUUGCUUGCGUUAUUUGUCGUCGGACUUCUCAUCUACAGAACAAUCAAAUCCAGACUUCGAAAGCGUCGAGUCAGACAGAAAGAGGCUCAGCUAGGAUGUCUACCACCGCCGGUCUUCACGUUGACGAAUAGCAUAGGUUUGCCUAUAAAGAAGGAAUCUAUACAAGCUACGAACGAAGACCGGAGCCCUCAGUACAUUAUGAAUACAAUGGACAGCAUCUCCCCCAACUGCCACACAGUUCGUGUGCCCGUAUUCGACUACGAGAUCUUCGUCACUCGCGACCCGGAGAACAUGAGAGCCAUCUUCUCGACGCAGAGUAACGACUUUGACAUAUCCUACUUCCGCCAAAUGAGCUGGCUACCAAUGAUAGGCAAGGGAAUUUUCACAACCCGGGGCUGGAAUUGGAAACAUUCUCGCUUACGACUCCGACCACAGUUCGCGCGAGAUAUUGUGUCAGACGUUGAUCGCGAACAGAGACACGUCGAGGCUCUCAUGAAAAGAUUGCCUAGCGACGCAGUAACCAAAUGGACCGACAAGGUAGACCUGCAACCACUCUUCUUCAACUUCACGCUCGACACUGCAUCGGAGUUCUUGUAUGGUCAAUCCGUGCAUUCGCAACAGGGUAACCAAGAAGGAAUUGAAAUGGCGACACAUUUGUAUAAUGCGAAAAUGACGGUUCAUCGACGCAUUGAACUGGACAAGUUUUACUGGCUAAUCAACACUAGCAAGUUCCGCAAGGCCUUCAAUAGUCUUCACAAGUGGGUUGAUGGGAUUGUCGCGGCGAGACUUGAGCAAAUCAAACAACAGCAGAAAUGGGUUGGCUUUGGCGAUGAUGAGCCCAAACAACCUCAACGAUUUGUGCUUCUUGAUGAACUGGCCAAGGAUACGCAAGACCUGAGUGAACUUCGCAAUGAGACCUUGAACGUCCUUGUCGCUGGCCGCGAUACCACCGGAUCUCUCCUGGGCUGGGUCUUUUACUUCCUCGCCCGCCACCCAGACGUUUACGCCAAGUUGCGUGAGAUCGUGAUAGCUACCUUUGGCGCUCAUCCAACGCGCACAAAAAUUGAUUUCAACAUCCUCCGCAACUGCGCGUAUUUGCAACACGUCAUGAAAGAAGCCCUGCGCGUUGCGACGGUUAUCCCUAUGAACGAACGAGUAGCCUUGCGCGAUACAACAUUGCCCGUUGGAGGAGGCGAGGACUGGAAGGGGAAAGUGUUCAUUCCUGCCGGUACGCAGAUUCUGAUCCCUACGUAUGCGAUGCAGCACCGAAAGGAUCUUUGGGGUCCGGAUGUUGAGGAGUUCAAGCCUGAGAGGUGGGAAGCGAAGAAGCAACCUGGGUGGGAGUUCAUUCCUUUUGGGGCUGGGGAUCGGAAAUGCUUGGGUCAGCAAUUCGCUUUCACUGAGACGGGCUACGUAAUCGUCCGGUUCUGUCAACGCUUUGAUAAGAUGGAGAAUGUGGAGGAAGGUGAUGGGAGGAUUCGGCUUCAUCAUGCGAUUGAGAAUAGGAGUGGGACCGGUGUUCAGGUCAAAUUGCAUGAAGCGGACUAUGAGUAA